AUGGAGCGGGCGAGGCGCAGGGAGAGACGGCCGGAGGAGGUGAUGCCGAGGAGGUGGGCGAGGGAGAUGAGGCAGACCGAGACGAGGUUCUGGAAGGCCAGGGUGAACCAGGGGAAGUGGAAGUGCGCAUGCGAGAAGACGACCUUGUUCAUCAGGGUGACGGCCGCCGACGCCAGGGCGUAG